AUGAAUAGAAGACUUUUGGCCACGUUUCUACUUCUACUUUCGAUGAUCUCGAGUAGCUGGUGUGAAAAAUCUUGUCAAACUUGUGCUCCGUUGACCCCAGAGGAAUGUCCAUUGAUCAAUGAGUGCAAUAUUUGCACUGAAACCACCUUCACACGGAGACAAAAUCGAAACGGUUGUCAAGAAGUCACAAUCUCGUGUGCAUCAGGUUCUCGUGUCAUUCUUGAGCUCUCGAAUGGGCAUUCAGUCUCGAGGAAGGCGGCAACACUUGGUUCAUUCUCGUGUCAAAGCAACGGUCGAUGGCAGUUGAACGGGCUAAAUUACACGGAAAAAAACGUGAAAUCAGCAUCUUGUUAUACAGCGUCACCCGAUCGUCAAAACUCUCCAAUCAAUCUCGUCACCCAGCGAGCUAUUCGGGAUCUCGAUUUAAUCGAUUUCACGAUCAACUACGCGCCCAAUGAUGGGGAUUCGAUUAGCUGGGGUGGCAAUGCGACAACGUUCACUAUUAAAAGUCGAGCACCGUACACGAACUCGAAGUUCUCAGCCACUCAAACAGACGGUGUCACGUAUAAUUUAUAUCAAAUGCACGCUCAUUGGAGUCAUCUAGGUGCAAAUGGAAGCGAGCACACUGUGGAUGGACAGAGAUAUGUGGCCGAGUUUCACUUUGUUCAUUUCGAUCCCGAGUAUGGAACUUUCGACAAUGCGGUCGGAAAAGAGAAUGGGAUUGCGGUGAUUGCCGUGCUGGCUGAGCUUGGCAAAAGAAAUGCCGAGUUCGACAAGAUUCUGAAUGCGAUAAAGAAGGGAGAUGCACAAGAUUCGGUUGCUGGAGCACACACAGUCAAUGGAGUUAACUUCAACUAUCGAAAGCUGAUUCCUGGUAGAAGCCAAUUCUUUACUUACACUGGAAGUCUGACAACCGGUGAUUACAAUACUUGUGUCGAUUGGACGGUGAUGAGAUAUCCGAUUACCGUUUCCGUGCAACAGAUGUCCAUUCUCUAUUCAUUUCAUAUCGACAAUCAUCGUGAAAAUCAAUCAGUUUUACCCGGGACAAUCAUUCGAAAGAAUUUUGCU